CGCUUAAGACGUACAAUUGGCUUUUGUGUACAUUUAUUGUUUGUGUGCUUAUAAGUUAAUUGAAUUGCAUUCGAAGCUGACAAAAAUGCUGGAAACCAAGAGCAUCUCUGCUUUGGCAUUCAACGAGACGCCGCGCAAACGCAAACGAGAAACUGGCUGUGCCCCGUUGCCGCCACCCUUAAAAAGCGAAGUGGCAGCUGCUGUUGCAGCUAGUGCGUCGUCAUGCUUCACCAACGCUGCAUUUAGCUCAACGCCAAAGAAACUUGUCGGGCGUCGUCGUCUGCUCAAAGAGAAUGAGAGCCUAAAUCCGUUUAUUAAUCAGCCUGGACUGGAAAUCAAAUCUAUUGCGGACUUAUCGGUCGUGCAGCAGCAGAAGGAACAGCAACGACAGCAGCAGAAGCUACCAGUCAAUCCCUUUGAGGUUGUGCGUCAGCCCUCCAAGAAAAAGAAGCGCGAGCACGCCUGCUUUGAGAAUCCGGGCCUCAAUCUUGAGCUACCCGAGCGCCAGUUCAAUCCCUACGAGGUGGUACGUAGCGUUGCCACGCCCACCAAGUGCUUUGUCAACGAGGCGCUCAAUUUGCGCGGCAGCGAUGCGCCCGCCUCGCUGAAUCCCUUUGAGAUACAUCGUCGCAGCGAUAUCUCGACUGCAGCUAGCAAUCCGUCGGGCGUUGCCAAUCCCGCACUGGCCGAUGAGCCGCUGCCGACCAGCUUGAAAAUCGGGCUACCAUUCACGCCCACACUGGGCUGCCGCAUUGAUUUCCAUGGCAUGUCGCUGGCGCAGCUGACGCCCAGCAAGCUGCUGGCCGAAAAGCUGGUCUUCUCGCCCGUGCUACCGCCGGCUAAACAGUCGCUGGGUGCCAUCAGCGAGGAGAGCAGCAGCAUGGACAUUGGCAAGGAACUGGAUCGUUAUCAGCUGGAGCUGGAGAACAGCAUUAACGAGGCCAAGCUGCGCAAGAAUGGCGUUGUGCUGGAGACAACACAGACGGAUUUGGAGGUGGUGCUGGAGCAGAAACCGUCGCUAGAGUUGGAACAACGCGUUGUGUGCACGCGCAGACACACUCUGACCGAGAUCAUGGAGGCGCCGGAGGAGCCAGUGCAGCAGGAGCCUCAGCCGCCUCAGCUAGCAAUUGUCGAACAGGCGCUGCCAGCCCAGCCGCCAGUUGUCGAGCAGGAGCCCAAUCACACAACUGUCGAGCAGGAGCUUGAAAACGGCGAUGUGGCAUAUGCUUCCGAAUCCGAACCGGAGGAGGAGAAUGAUAUUGAGCUGGACUUCAAGGCGCCGGCAAGGUUUGUGCGCGCCUAUCGCCCGGCAGCAACAGUUGCCGGCAGCAAAGAAUCGCUGCAUUCGAUAGCAUCCAGCAAAUCGGCCAAAUCUGUGGACCUGCGUGCCAGCAGUGCGGGCCAUGGCGUCAGAAACAUGAUACGCAAAUCCAUACGCAGGCUAAUGCAUCCCAUGCAGCAGCCGCAGCAGCAGCAGCAGCAGCAGCAGGAACAGCCGAUGGAGUCCGCGGAGAAGCCAGCAAUGCAGCCGCACAACAAUAUCAUGAGCAGCAUACGGCACAGCCUGCGCCGACGGCCGCACAAGCCGCAGCCCGUGGAGGAGUACACCCAAGCGGACAUCUCCAUCGUGGAUAGCAGCGAGCGGACAAUGAAGCUGCGCUCCAGCAUACCGCAAACCGAAUAUAUGCGCAUCGAGCAGCUGACCAACGAGAAGAAGCACACGCUGCGCAACAGCAUUCGCCGAUCCACGCGCGACGUGCUCCGUCAUGUGUUCCACAAGAGCCAGGAUGCCUAUGCGACGGCCAAGUGAACGGCGGCAUUUACCUGUGCCCAGGCAUAAAACCUAAGCAAGUUCUUUAGCACCCAAAGAUUGUCUACAAUGCAACCGAACCGAAGUUUGGCUGCGUAUUUUUUUUUUCUUAUUAUUUUAUCUAUUUUAAGCGUAAGUUUUAGCUGGCAGCUACGGCUGAUAGUUCAGAUAUUUUUGGCUGUUUUCAGCAUUGAAUUUAGCUGCUUUUUAAGCUGACUAUUAAAUACC